AGUCUUGACACCCGCCACGGUCCGGCGUCGCCGUCGCCGCCGUCGUGGCGGCGUCCUCGUCCCUCCGGCCGCCAUCGACCGUGGGAUAAUAUGAAGAGGAGGAUGAUGAUGUGUAUAAGUCCAUGGGGUAAUGGACGGCGACGUCGCUGGGACCUCCGACGAGCUGUUAGUCUCCUCCCGCUCCUCCGGCAUGGAACCGCUCGACUCGACUCCCUCGCCUACGAAGGUAAAUGAUCCUGUAGUGCUGGAUCCCUAUUUGCUUUGAUUCGAUUAGCGCUUUAGCUUUAGCAACUGUAAUGGUAGAUUGUUAGCAGGGAAUGGCGGGGAUUCGUGCGCGCCCGCGUUCUGUUCGAUGAAAUGCAUGAUCCAUAGUUUCUUAAUUUGAUGUCAAGUGCCUGCUUCUGCGCACGGUAUAAUAUGUGUUGCCAUGAUUCAGAGAAAAGAAUUGUUUUUUCAAUCUUGCUGCUAGUCUGUUACCAUUUGGCAUAAACUCACAAUUCUGAAGGUGCUGUUGUCUAUUUUCUGCUGUGAGGUUGAAAUGGAACUUGGAGAGCUUUUCUCUCAAAGGGAGGGUGUUCAGGAAUCGGGACCAAAUCAAAAAAACUCUGCUUCCAAGUUUGACUGAUCAAAGAAGGAUUAUGUAUUCUUGGGGUUUGUGUUGUUCAACCCAAAUCUAAUGAACAAAGCGACCGUCGGUGGUAUGGUAUGAUACCUUGCUUCUUUACAUUGAGGAACCUGCUUUAAAUUGAACAAAAGAAAAAGCAAAAGCUAAAGGAGGGAAGCCGGCCGGCAGCAACAUGAGCGGCGCCGUGUCCGUGGUACGCGGUGCCAUCGACCCGCUGCUGGCCUACCUCUCGUCCGCCAUCCGCGACGAGGCGCAGCUGCUGGGCGGCGUCCGGCGCGAUGCGCAGUUCAUCAAGGACGAGAUGGAGAGCAUGAACGGCUUCCUUCACCACCUCGCCGAGGCUGGUAAUGACAACGAGGGUGACCAUCAGGUCCGCGCGUGGAUGAAGCAGGUCCGUGAUCUCGCCUAUGACACACAGGACUGCGUCGAUCUCUACGCUCGCCGCGUGGGCCCAGCUCCCCCUGUAAGGGGCGUCCGGGGCCAGUUGCGUCGUGGCCUCUUUUUCCUGCAGACCAUCCCGGCGCGCCAUCAGGUGGCCACCCAGAUCCGUGAGCUCAAGUCCCGAGCGCGUGACAUCGGCGAGCGCCGGCUGAGGUACGGUGUCAUGGUCCCGGCCAAAGAGACCCAUGAGUUUGCUGGCAGGUCUAGCGGUGGCGACGCUAUGGUGGACGAGGCGCAUGCUCACAGGCGAAGCUUGGUUGUCGUUGAGCCUGACAUUCUCAAGGCUGGAACGGUUGUUCUGGUCAACUGGCUAAAGAAGUUACAAGCUGAAGAACCUGUAGGCCAAGAUGACCCAAGUGCACGACGGCCCGUAGUCAUCGCUGUUGUAGCACCAGAUGCAGCAGACGGUGCCGACCUUGCCAAGGAAGUGUACGAACAUUCAUCGGUGGCGAGCAUGUUCGACUGCAAAGCUUGGGUUUGCAUCCAACGGCCUCCAUUUCUGUGGCAAGUACUCGACGACAUGAUUCAUAAGCUACCUCGUGCCCAGCACGAAGCCCAUCAAGGAGGAGCAAGUGAUGCCGAGGACAAUAUUGAGCUCCAAAAGCGCCUCAAAGGCAGAAGGUUCUUGGUUGUCAUUGAAGAAGCUGACCAUCCAUACCCAUGGGAUAAGAUGAAGGAGAUCCUAGACUCCUCUGGCUGUUCCCCUGGUAGUGUAAUCAUGUUGACCACAAAGGAUAGUGGGUUGGCCGAACACUGCUCUCCAAGCAAGACUAGAGUCCAUUCCCUUGUUCAGUUCUGUUUCGAGAAAGCCGAUCAACUGAUUCCUACAGAAUAUGAAGAUGACCACAAGAGGGUCCUCAUACGUCGUAUCAUGAAGAAAUGUGAUCCGGAUGUCUUCUGCAUGAAGUUGUUGCUCGGUACUCUGUAUGCCGACCCUCAUAUGAGUAAGAAGCAACUGGAGGACCUGUGCACGAGCCUGGAAUCAUCAGGACAGCCUCCUGAUGACAGUGACACUUCCAAGCAGCAUAUCCGACUGAAGAUGAUGAAGUUUUGCUAUGACAAGCUGCCCAAGAUGGACAGGAGCUGUUUGCUCUACUUAUCAAUUUACCCCCCAAAUAUGAAAAUCAGAAGGACAAGCUUGGUAAGAAGAUGGGUUGCGGAAGGCCAUGUAACUGAAGGAGAUGGGCGAGAAGCACUAGAUAGGGCUGAGGGCUGCUUUGAUGACCUCGUUGCUCAAGGGUUUGUGGACAUUGCCAAGGCAGGAAAUUUAGGAAAUGUCGUUUCCUGCAAGGUGCAAGAUAUUGUCCGUGACUUCAUUGUUAAGAUAGUCAGGGAUGAGAACUUCGGGGACGCGAGCCUGCCACCCAAACUUGCUCGCCAUCUUUCCAUUAGCAGUGAUAUCCAGUGGCACCAAGUCUUACACAAGCUGAAGCAGAAGCAGCAGCAGGGCAGUGGGUACAUCUGCAACUGCUUCUCUACAGUGGGACCACCCGAAGCCGAAGGUGCACCUGAAUCUGAUGAGGUCACAACAUUUCUUGAGUCGCUCCCUGCAUUCUCUGGAGUGGCAGCGCGGGUGAAAGUGAUGGACCUAGACUUCUGCAGGCAUUUGAAGAACAUGCAUCUCAAGAUCAUAUGCAACAACUUGUUCAUGCUCAAGUAUUUGAGCAUCGUGAGCACAGAGAUUUCUGGGCUGCCCAGCAGGGAAAUUAACAAGCUGCAACAGUUAGAGACGCUCGACAUUCGACAAACCAAGGUUCCAUCCUCUGCCACAAAAGAUCUUUUUCUCCCGAUGUUAAAGCAUCUGCUAGCUGGGCCCGUAGGUUAUCAGGUCGGUGUCUCGCCUGAGGAGACACUUUCCACUGUGCUGAUGCCUAACAAGAUCGGGAGAAUGACAAAAAUGGAGACACUGAUUUAUGUUGAAGUUGCUGAAGACGACAAGGAGUUGAAAAACGUCAAGAAUCUCAAGUGUCUCAAAAGUCUUGGUGUGGUCAUUCAUGGUAAACAAGAUAAUGUCAACCAUUUGCUCCGGGUGGUCACUGAGUUGAGUGAACACCUCCGCAAAUUGUCAGUUUGGGUAAGACCACCGCGCCAAACCAGUAAUGCUGAGGGCCUCAACAUGAACCUAGAACUAACACAAUCAUUUCCCAAGUUUCUUGAGAUACUUCGCAUCAACGGUAUCACCAAGGGAUUGCCUAACUGGAUUGAGGAGCUCCCACAUCUUGCCGAGAUAACUCUGCGUAAGACAUCAUUGUCAGAUGAUUCUAUGCGAAUCCUGGGCAAGCUUGAACGCCUUCGCUGCCUUACUCUCCGGCAUGAGUCAUACAUAGAGAACAAACUCUCCUUCAAGGCUAAUGAGUUCAAAAAUAUCCACUUUCUUGUCAUCGAGAGCGCUUCCACCAUUAAAAGUAUUUCUUUUGAGGCUGGCACAGCUCCCAAGCUCGCAAAGAUUGAAUGGACCUUCACCAGCGUGGACUUCACGACAGACACCAUUAUUGGCCUCAAUGAGCUUCCAAGCCUAAAAGAGUUGGAGCUCAAUGGUGAAUUUGACCCAAAUCAUGUGCAACAAGCUGUUGCAAAUCAUCCAAACUGUCUUAAUUUCAGGUAUAAUACAAGUCCCACCGUUUAGUGCCCGCUUUACAGCAGCAACCUUUUGUGUUUGCGUUUUAUGUGUCGCUACUGUAUUUGCUAGUACAUGUGUGUGGAUAUCUUGUUUCUGUCUCAUGCUUUCGUACUACUUUCCUGGGUGUGUAUGUGACGUGUGCUUCGUUUCUUAUGGAGGGUGUGUUGUACCAUCUGCUAGUCUUGUGCUGCGUGUGUUUGUGAUUGACGAGUGGUCUGAAACAUGUAUUGUACUGAACUAUUCCAUCAAUAGCAAACAUGUUGUGCUGCA